GUUUGCCAACCGCCAUUAAACACAAAAGAAGAAGAAGAAGAAGAAGAGCUUCCUGAACGAAGCACAACGUGGUUUUAGGAGAGAUAGCACAACACUUGGUCUGAAACGUACAGAUAUAUGUAUUUUAGCAAUCUUAUAUUUAAUCAUGACAGAGGGCAAAUCAUCAGAGAAGCCGGCGAAAAACCUACUGGCUCUGAAUCUAAAGGAGGAAGCAGAGUUUCAGAAGAAGGUUCAGCAAGUGAAGAAUCGUCCUAAAACGGGUCAGUCGCUUUCUCCUGGAGUGCUUUAUGUUGGCCAUCUGCCUCGAGGAUUGUUUGAACCCCAGUUAAAAUCUUAUUUUAAACAGUUUGGCAAAGUCACACGAAUAAGAGUUUCCAGGAGUAAAAAGACUGGAAGGAGCAAAGGCUAUGGAUUUGUGGAGUUUGAGUGUGAUGAGGUGGCUAAGAUUGUGGCUGAGACCAUGAACAACUAUCUUAUUGGAGAACGGCUCAUAAAGUGUCAUGUGAUGCCACCUGAGAAGGUCCAUGAAAAGCUAUUUGUAGGUUCCAGGAUGGUCUUCAAGAAGCCAACGCAGCCUGCAGUUUCUCGUCAUAACAAACAGCAUGCGGAAGAAGAUCUGAAGAAACUUGGUGAAAAGCUUUUAAGCAAAGAGUCUAAGCUACGCAAGAGACUAGCGGCAAAGGGCAUUGACUAUGAUUUCCCAGGAUUUGCAGCUCAGAUUCCUGCCAAGAAAGCCCAAUCUGAAGCCGAUGUUUCAGUAUGCAGUGAGGAUGUCACACCAGUGUGCACACCAUCAGUUUUGGAGAGGAGGAAGUCGAUCAGAGUUGAGGACGAUGAUGUUGAUGACGAAAUAAUCAUCAAAUCUGUUCCAGAAAACAGCGAUGAUGUGAAAGAUAGUGAGGAAGAGUCUGGUGAAGAAGAGGAGGCGGCUGAAGGGGAGCAUACGACUUAAAAGGAGAAUUUAAUGACUAAUAAAUAGACUUCAAGCCCUGUUUUAGAUGGGACACUGGACUCACUGUUUGAGCCAUUUGUAUGUGAUUAGAUCAGUCCUCCCCUGUGGCUGGAGAAGAGGAUCACAAACAUUAUCCUGAUUAUCAGGCAUCUGUUUUGAUGUGUGUUUUAUGCAGAUCCACCAAUUACCUUCGUGGGGUGCAAUGUGGUCUUCCAGAGGUUGAUAAGAUCCGAUUGACUUUGUAAUACACAAAAUGUAUAUUGUGUUCAUUUGAAAAUUAAAUGGUAGGAUGGAUUGCAUUGUAUUUCUGACACAUUAUUUUGGUGUUAUGUAUUCUGUCCAGUGCUAUCUUCAGACAUAUUGGCAAAACAUGUGCUUAACCCACAAAAGGGGAUCAAAUAAAUGUCUUUAUUGCUUUUUAAAGCUAUUUUGAGUAAACAAUUUGUAUAAAUUGUCACUGACAACUUGCAUGUAAGUUGAGGGGCGUUAUGGAAGAAAUGGAGAUCAAUAGAAAUGCA